UUUAAUUUGUUAUAUUAAGUGCUAAAAUAUUAAGUUUGAGUGUUUCUCAAACUUUAGUGACGCUUUUUAUUGUUGAAAACUUUUUAAAAUUGAUUUCGAAAUGACAAAUAUGAAACAGACUGUGAUUAGUAAUCCGUCAUGGUGGCGAAGAAGAACCGGCCUGGAGCGCGUGCUGACGCUAACGACAGCUUGCGGCGUGUUGGCGGUACUAGCCCUGGUCACGUCGCUAUGCGUCAUCCUGCUAGAUGGAAAGACAAGACACGCACCUGCUGGUGAGCCAAUGCCAAUGGCAGCGGCGUCCGUCGGCGACGGAUUCCCUCCAGAAGGAAAUUUAAAGGAAAAAACUUUAUGCUCCACCAAAACCAAGUACGAUGAAACUCCAGAUGUUUGCAUGACACCUGGUUGUAUCAAAGCAGCAAAUCGUAUUAUCCAAGCCAUGGACAGAAACAUCGAACCGUGCGACGACUUCUACAGAUUCGCUUGCGGUUCAUUUUUGAAAGACACUGUUAUACCAGACGACAAGGUAUCGGUGAAUACAUUCUCAGUAAUCGGUGACAAGUUGCAGUUGCAACUUAGAGGUAUCGUGGAGUCUCCUAUUGACAGAGAAAACGAACCGGAGCCAUUUACGGUUGCCAAAGAUUUGUACAAAAGCUGCAUGAAUAAAUCUCUAAUCGAGAAAAGAGGUUACACUCCACUUUUGGAGGCUCACAAACGUCUGGGAGGUUGGCCAGUUUUGGAUGGCCCUUCUUGGGACGAAUCCAAAUGGUCCUGGGAUAAAAGUGUGAAGCAGUUCAGACAGAAUGGAUAUUCCAUGGAUUACUUUAUUGAUUUUUCGAUUUCCACGGAUUUUAAAAAUUCUACCAAAAGAGUUAUAGAUUUAGACCAAGCGAUCCUAGGAUUGAGUCGUGAAUAUUUGGUAAAAGGAUUUUCGGAUCGCAUCGUGAUAGCCUACUAUGAAUAUAUGACGGAUUUAGCAGUCAUGCUGGGAGCUCCCAGAGACAGGGCCGAAAAGGAGUUGAAGGAGUCUCUGCAGUUCGAAAUGAAUCUUGCCAAUAUUUCUCUGCCGACCGAAAAGAGGCGCAACGCAACAGUCCUGUACAAUCCUCACACAAUCGCCGAAUUGCAAGAGAAGUUUCCUCUGGUGCAAUGGUUGGACUACAUCAAUGUCCUUUUACCGGAAGGCCUAAAAGUCACAGAAAAUGAAGUCGUCGUUGUCAAUGUGCCAAGUUAUCUUACCAAACUCGAGAAAUUGUUGAAGGAAACACCAAAGAGGGUCCAGGCCAAUUAUGCACUUUGGAGAGUGACUGCCUUUAGCAUAUUCUUUUUGACCGACGACCUUCGUAAGAGACAAUUACAAUAUGCAACAGCCCUUAGUGGUAGAACCGAACAGGAAUCCAGAUGGAAGGAGUGUGUCGAUCUGACUAGCGGAAGUCUCCCAAUUGCCAUAGGAUCCCUAUACGUACGUCGUCAUUUCAAUGAAGAAGCCAAACGCAAUGCUUUGGAAAUGGUGUCAGGAAUUCGAGAGCAAUUUGCAAAUAUUUUGAAAACUGUUGACUGGAUGGACGAAGACACCAGAGCCAGUGCUCUCGAAAAGGCCAAUUCCAUGACUGCACACAUUGCUUAUCCUGAUGAAAUCCUGGAUAACAAUAAACUUGUCGAAUAUUAUAAAGGGUUGAAAGUCAACCCGGAUCAAUACAUGGAGUCAGUUUUGGGCAUGAACGUUUUCAUGACAGACUUUGCUUUUAACAAACUAAGAAAACCGGUGAACAAAACUGCUUGGGAAACCCAUGCAAGACCAGCAAUUGUAAACGCUUUCUAUUCAGCCAUCGAAAACAGCAUACAAUUCCCUGCUGGUAUUCUCCAAGAAGCGUUCUUCGACGCAGACAGGCCACGUUACAUGAAUUAUGGUGCAAUUGGUUUUGUAAUUGGACACGAGAUCACCCAUGGAUUUGAUGACCAGGGACGUCAAUUCGAUUUGAGGGGCAAUCUGGUGGACUGGUGGGCUGCACCGACAAAACAACAGUAUUUGGAGAAGGCCAGGUGCAUAAUUGAGCAGUAUGGAAAUUAUACUGAGAGGGAAGUUGGACUGAAGUUGAAUGGUAUAAAUACCCAAGGCGAGAAUAUAGCAGACAAUGGUGGCAUCAAGGAGGCCUAUUUGGCUUAUGAAAAAUCAAAGUCUCAUACUGCAGAGCCCCGUUUGCCAGGUUUGACUGAAUACACACCGAGACAGAUGUUCUGGCUUUCGGCUGCUAAUACAUGGUGCAGUAAAUACAGACCAGAAACAAUGAAAAUGCGCAUAACAACAGGAGCUCACUCUCCAGGCGAAUUUAGAGUCUUAGGACCUAUGAGCAACAUGGAAGACUUUGCAAGAGACUUCAGGUGCCCCCUUGGCACCGUAAUGAAUCCUGCACACAAAUGUAAGGUGUGGUAAUGAAGGAUUUAUCUGUUGGAAGUUAUAUAUAUACAUGACAUUUGGAGUUAAAGGUAAUGAUGAUCAGAGUUUGUAAAAUUAGAUUGUUCGAAGAACUGAUUGUUGCCAAAACUAGUUUCAGAAAGGCUUUAGGAGUGUUUAAAUCUAGAAU